AUAUAAACAAAUGUCAACCACAAAAGUGGGAAGCUUAAAGAUAGCACUUUAAAAACUGGAAAUUUAUUCAAUCCCCACCACGGAGACCAGCUUUCACCAUGGCCUCAGCUAUGAUCGCCCGAGUGUCCUUCUACCCAACUCUGCUUUACAAUGUGGUGAUGGAAAAGAUCACCAGCCGCCGAUGGUACGACCGUAUGGAUGAUACUGUGAUUCUCGGAGCACUACCGUUCCAAAGUAUGACGAAACAGUUGAAGGAAGAGGAAAAUAUGAAGGGUGUGGUGUCUAUGAACGAAACAUACGAACUGAAGAUCUUUUCCAACGACGCCGAGAAAUGGCGCGAACAAGGCAUCGAGUUUCUACAGCUGGCAACUACGGACAUCUUCGAAUCUCCCGACCAGGACAAACUGUAUGAGGGUGUCAAAUUUAUCAACAGGUUUCUACCAGUGGGCAGCAAAAUAGCAGGGGUGCCAACCGACGGGUUGCAAGUGGACUCCGGUACUGUGUACGUACAUUGCAAAGCGGGGCGCACGCGCAGCGCCACGCUCGUCGGCUGCUACCUUAUGCUGAGGAACGGUUGGUCCCCCAACGAAGCGGUGGAGUACAUGCGAAGCAGGCGUCCCCACAUCCUCCUACAUACGAAGCAAUGGGAAGCACUCGAUAUAUUUCACAGGAGACACGUGAAAUCAUAGUAAAUUAAUAGAGUCAUAUUGUAGAACUAAGUUAUUGAAAUGCCGAAAAAGGGUUUAAAGGAAAAGCCAAAAAUAACCGUACACUAAUUAGUUGAAGCUUAACAUGAAAGACAACAUUUUUUAUUGUAUUUAAUAUGUUGUUAGUGUUGCUGUUUAAGAGAAUUUAUUUUUAAUAGUUAGUGGCAACACUGAACAGUUUAACGUCUUAACACUACCAUACACGCAUAGAUCAGUGAGUCACUGGAUCACAUCACUCCCUGGACCGCAAGCAAAUAUCUCAACCUACAUACAUGUUAUCCCUUACGGGGUAGGUAGAGACUACAGUCUGAAAGACCACGACCAGCUGUAUAGCUUAACGAUGGAACUGAGAUUCAAAUAGAGACAGGUUGCAAAACCAUCGCCUUAAAAAAGAAUACAAAGAUCUUAUCCCUUGUUCGACUUUUACUAUCUACACAGGAAGAGUAUCCAUCUGGCACAAACCAUGUUAUUUUUUGGUUAUCAGCAUGGAAGCUGAGAAUCAAUGUUUAAAAAUAUUUGUCUGUGCUGUCUAAGACAACACGAAGUCUAUUGCGAUUUCAAAACUUAUGUUAAUGAUUGCACAAAGGACAAAGUCACAUUAGAAAAUAAGGCAAUUACAGGUUCUAAAAUUAAAUUUUUUAAUUAGUUAAUGUAUUAUUAGAUAUUCGAGACAAAAAGACAAUUAUUAUUUUUUUUAUUUUCAUAUACUAACCACGGUAUUUAUAAGUGCUUUUUUUUAUUUUACUUCGUUUUCAUCUGAGAAGUUACCAUGUUCUUAUAGUGUAAUUUUUGUACCUCAUGUGAUGUUCUUUUCUUUUCUUUCAAACCAGUCACGAUUUUAUUGUUACAAAUUUAAGUAGUACUUUUUGUUUGAAAUGUUUUUAAGGUAGGUAAAUAUAGUCAAA